CGUCUCUACAGAUCUGUAUGUCUGCUAUAGAUCUGAAAUGUGAACAGCUCAGUUAUAAAUUUGCUGUGGACAGACAAUUACAUUAUUUCUAUUAGAAGUAGCAACACAUUUCAUUUUUAAAUUGAUAUUAUACGUCAAACAAAAUAUCUCACCAUGAGUAAUUUUUCUAAAGUAAUCGAUGUGAACGAAUUCGGUCCACGUAUUAUUAUUAAUAAUUAUAAUAGCUUCUUUCACGAAAACAUUUGCCACGUCUGCAAGAAACUAAACAAUGGAUCUUUUAUAUCAUGUAAUCUGUGCGAUAUGAUCUCUUAUUGCACUCGUGAACACAGAUCAUUGCAUCGUCCACAACAUAUGCAGAUUUGUGAAUAUAUAAACCGAUUUUUACGAGAGAAUGAAAUACGUCGAGACUGUGCUUUAAGUUUAACUAAUUGGAUCACGUUAAGACAACAAUUUCUAAGCUCAAUUAAAAAAUGGAUUCCACGUAAGCUAAAGCCGUAUGAAGAACAGAUGAUUCUUUUUGCAAAAUCAUGUUCUAUUUGUCAUAGACAGAUUAAUUUGGAACACUGUAGAACGUGUUAUUCGGAAUAUUAUUGCAUUGACCACGUACAGGUAUUUCAAGGUUUGCACGAGCCAAAAUGCCAACAGUUUAUAUUGUAUAUCAACAUUAAUAUCUGGGUUCUUGUACACAAAUUCACUGUGUCAAAAUUCACUAAUAUUAUUCUUCGAAAAGAACCAUUUAAUGACAUGAAUACAUUUUUGACAACAUAUGUGAAUCCUGACAUAGAAAUCUUACCUGAGCCUGAAAUAUAUUCUAAAUAUUUCUACUGUGAUUAUGCAUCAGGACCGUUAACAUUCUAUUAUGGAAUGAAGAUUGCUGGUUUAUAUCCACUACACCCAUUUCAACAAAAUAAAUAUGUUAUGCACAUGAUAGCACUAAAUACUUUAGAAAGAGAAUAUUUAAAUGCUUGGGAAAUUCUUUUACAUCUCUUACAGCACAUAAGGAAACUAACAAUUGUACUAGUAGGACCAAAUUUUAAGCAGGAUCAUUAUGACAUAGAACUUUGUUCUUUCUGCAAGAACGGAAGUGCAAUGCUUCAUGUUGAAAUUUAUAAUACAUUUUACCAUAUGUAUGUAGUCGGUCCGUCUUUUAAACAACCAGAUACAAUUGUAGAAUUUCAAGCAGAUUUUAGUUAACAUGAGUGGACAUGUUCGCGGAACAUAUUUUUAUUACG